GGUGUAUCUAAAUAAUAAAAUAAUACAGUUCGUAAAUUGAAUUGAUAAGAAAAAAAGUUUUUAUGUCAAUUUUUUUUAUUUUUCUGUAAUUAUCUUUCUGUUCCACCGCAAUGAGGUUUUUUCUCAAAAAGUUAUCACGGUUUUUACAGCAUCCACAACGGAACACAAUGAAUAAGUGAAAAAUUACUUACCGGUAUUUACUUUAUCACAAAUCAAAUUGUUUUUUUGCAAAUCCUUUUUGAUUUUAGAAAUAUUAGUUUUUAAAUUUUUACAAUUUUAUAUUAUUUAAAAUUUUACAAUUUUUCAAUAUUAGUGUUACAAAUAUUUAUUGCUAAAUUUUAAAUUAAUUUUUAUCGGGUUCGGCACUUGAAAUUCCGUGCCAUGACCGUCAUACUCGGCAAAGACGUUCCAAACCGUCGGGACUCUUACAACGUCCGUGUUCAGAUACCGCCAGCGGUAUCAACAUUUUAAUUAUUUCCUCAGUGACGUCAUAUUAUGAUUACAUCACCAAUCAUUCUUCAGUCAUCUGUUGCGUUGCUGUUCGGUAGACAAAACGCCUAUCCGACUCGUUGGUAUUAGAGUAAUAAUAUUCUGUGUUGGUAUACGGUCCAUUACUGAAAGUGUUGUUUGACAGGUCGCCACUCGCCAGUGACUCGCCACCACUCACACUACGCGGCUAUCAAACUCGCCUUUCGCACUUCCGCGUCUCUGUACUCGUCAUCGUAGCAGCGAGACGCGAUCCGAUCCCGUGACGGGACGCAACAUCGAAUUUUCGGACUCGGCCGACGCAUUUCGUAAUAAUUAAAACACCGCCUACGGGUUCGAUUCCGGUGAGUACGAAUAGCAUUAAUAUUUAUCAUUCUUAUUUUAUCACAACACAAGAUAAUGGGUGACAUGACGUUCCGCUCACAAAAUUGUAUUUGUUUACCGCCCCAAACUGUACCGACGAAAACACGGAUUGUCGGUUUUUAUUUCGUAUUGAGUAGUUUUCCCAUUUUGUAUCCGCCUACUCGUCGAGAUUUACAAUAUUGGUUUUGGCGCAGGUGUGCUUUAUUACAUGUCUGUCCGCUAAUCUUUGUUUGCCCACUGUUAAUAUUAUUAUCAUUCUCCGUAUCUACGUACAUAUUAUAGGCGUUUGUCUGUUUUACAAUAACUAUUACUGUUGCGGCAAACAUUUGCCCCAGUCACUUCCGUAUUUUCAACGCGUUCGGUUUCUCAGCGAAAUUUUAUAUCGAUUUCGUUUGUUUUUAGACAUGGCCGAUAACAAGGGACAAAGUACCAAAAAACCGACAGAUUCUCAAAAGAAACUUCAAGAGUCACAGGCGCAAGUUGACGAGGUCAGUACUAUCAUAUUAACUGUUCUGUGUAUCUACCUUCACUAUUAUUUAUGUAUCUACAUUAAUAUAUACAUAUAUAUAUAUAUGUUAAUAAAAAUAAUAUUAAUUUGUAUUAAUUUAAUCAUUUAUAAAUAUUUCAAGGUCGUUGGUAUUAUGAGAGUGAAUGUUGAAAAGGUGUUGGAAAGAGAUCAGAAACUAUCAGAAUUAGAUAAUCGUGCAGGUAUAAAACAAAAUUUAAUAUACUUACUAUCAAGAAUAUUUUAACUGUUAAUAACAGCUUAACAUUUAUCUAAAAAUUAAUAUUAUUUGAAUGUUCCUAUUAUAAAAUUAACCAAUUUAAUCUAAAUGGAAUGUAAAAUAAAUAACCAUAAAUAUGUAACUUAUUUACCUAUCUGAAUUAUCAAUUAAUAUUUUUAAAUAUUUAUUCUAUCGCAGUGACACAUCUAUUUAUAUUUUUAUUUAUCAACAUUUUUUUAAUUAUGAUUUGACUUAAUUGAUAGGAAAUCAAUUUUUUGUAUCAACUUCAAAAUACUUUUUCUUGAAUAAUAAUAAUAAUAAUGUUAUAAGGUACUUACUUCUUUCAUAUGUGAUAGCUUCACUUUUUAUUCAUUAACCUGUUAAAAACAAUAAGUAUUUUAAUACAUUUGUUUCUAAUAAUUGAUAAAAAUAAUAAGUUUAUUGUGUAAUUACGUACCUACAGGAAUUUAAUACAAUCAAUUUUUAUUUCUGCUUACAAAAUAACCAAUAGGAAGGUAAAGGUAAGUCUGGUAUUGAUGGUAUCCCACAAAUAGUAGAGUUUACAGUAAAAUAGUUUCUUUUUUGUCUUUGUACAUAAACUUAUACUUAAGUAUUUUAUCUAGCAACUGAAGGAAAUUACAAAUUUUAGUUUGUUGUAUUUAUUUUGACUUUUGAACCUAUUAUGAGUAUGGUGUAACAUUUUUCUGUAGAAUAGCAUAUUGUAUAGAUAAUAUAAAUCAGUUUUACUGAUAAUAGUUUAUUAUAAUUAUAGCCUUAUAAGUAUUAUACGUAAUGUGUACCUAAUUCAUUAUUUUAAGUUAAAUAUAAUAGAUAGUAUGUAAUUUCUAACUAAUCACGCAUGAUUAAUACAUUAAUACAUAUAUAGUUUAAAUAAAUAUCACUUUGAAGGAGAUAAAAAUAAUUUUUUUAAAGAACAAGUAUUUAAAAACGAUAAUUUUUGGUUUUUUAACAUUUGUUCAUAAUUUUUUAUGUACAUGUAAUAUGCAUGUACAAUAUAAGUUUAUGUUACACCAAAACACAAUAAUAAACCUAAGUAGUAUAUUAGUAUAUUUUAGUGAUAGAAUUUUAAGAUAAAUUACCUAUACCUACUAUUUGUUCAGUAACAUUUUACUCUUUAGUCACUAGUUUUUAAUAGACAACCUCCUCACUCGUGUAAUAAAAUAAUUUGUAUAAUAUUCACAAGUGUUCUCAACCUUCAUUACAAUUACUUAUUGUAUAAUUCUUCGUUCAGAUUAUAAAUAAUAAAUCUUAUUUUUAAAUAGCAUUAUUACAUAGUUUCAUUGUUCUGGAAUUGCAUUAUACAUUAUUUAUUUGUUUUGUGUAUAUUUCUUAAGUAGUCUUAAUACAAAAUAAAAAAUCUAUUAAUAAAUAUGGUUUACUUCUCUACAUAGCAGUAACAAAAAAUAUGCUUCGCAGUUAGCACUUGGACCUGGUGGCAAAGGCAUUAUAAUUAUUAAUUUCAAAACUAAAAAAGAUUAGACUUUUUGUCAAACAUAUAUAUAUUUAUAUAAAAAAUAAUAGGUAUAAUGUUUUAUAAAGGAAAAUCCAACCACUGUUUUUCUAAAGUCAAAUUUUAUUGAUCAUAACUGCUACAAUAUCACAUUAUUAUUUUUCAAUGUCUACAUUGACAACUUUUAGGAGGAGUAUGGACCUGGAAUAAUCUCUUAGCAAAAUUAUUUAUUUCUCAAAUUUGAUAAAAAAAAUCCAUGCAUGAAAUAUAUUUAGAAUUUGAAAAUAAAUGUGAUUUAAGUAGUUUUUAUUGUAUCUUUAAUAUCUUAGUCAUUUUGAAUUGAAAUAUUAUGUAUCUAAAUUUUAUAAUUCUAUUGUUUCAGAUGUAUUACAACAAGGUGCUUCUCAAUUUGAGCAACAUGCUACUAAACUUAAAAGAAAGAUGUGGUGGAAAAAUUUAAAGGUAUAACAAUUUUUUUUUUUAAGAAAUUACAGUGUUUGAUUUAAAAACUUAUUAAUUAUCAUUUAACAUAAUAUAUACAUAUUUAUUUGUAGAUGAUGAUUAUUUUGGGACUCGUGAUAGCAGUGCUUCUACUUCUAAUUGUUGGUAAGUAUACAUUUUUGUAAUUUUAUACAGGGUCUGGCUGUCAAACCUAACGAUUUCAUUGAGAAUUGGUGGCUUAAAUGAUAGAGACUUUGGCACUAUUUUUAUCGCUUUUAAAUAACCGGAAUUUAGUAAACAUGGAGCAUUGAUCAAGUAAACAGGGUGCGUUUGCAGUAAAAGUGUAUUACAAAAAUAAAAAUAGUUUUUUAGGUUCCCAAUGAACUUUUCGCCAACAGUUUGGGUUAUCUCCACGGGAUCCUGUCUUUUAGUCGUAACAUCAACCUAUAGAUGAACAAUUUUGAAACCACAUCUAACACAACUCGAAAUAGAAGCGGUAGUAAAAACCUCAGCCGAAACCCAUAAAUUGUAGUACUGGUGUGACAAGCAGUAGACCAGAGGGAGAAAUCUCUGAAAGUUAGCCAAUGAAGGUUGUUGGUGUAGCUAACCAAGAAAGGCAUUUGACUGACACUAUCAUUAAAAAAUUAAGUUUUCAAAUUUAUAACAUUAAUAUCCAUUUUUUUACUUUGCACUUGUUAGGCGAAAAAUUAAAAAAAAAAUGGUUUGACUGCCAGACUCUGUACGUCAAUACAAUUUCUAUUUAGAAUAAAGAAUUUAUAAAUAUUCAGAAAUUUCUGGGGAAAUAAUGUUUAUUUAUUUAUCGCAAAUUGUAUUUUUUUUUUCAGGCUCAUUUUAUCCCAGUAGUAAUUGAGCAAUAUUUUUUAUUACAGAAAAAAAAUGAAAUCAUAAUUUUAAUCAUAAAAAUAUAAACUUAACAUUAAAGUUAUUUAUAUAAAUUGUGUGAUAAUGGACUUUUCAUAAAAUUGCAUUUUCAAUAGAUUACAUUAUAUAUAUUGUCUGUUACUAAAAAUGUUUUAUUUUAUUUUUUUAUUACUCAAAUCGUAACUAUAAUUAUUAUAAUAUUUACUUAAAAUUCAUGUUUAAUAUUUUCAAUUACUUAAUCAUAACACUACGGUAAAAUGAUUAAACUAUUUAAUUGUGUAUCUAUUAUUUAUAAUUUUUUCUUUUAUUAUUUUAUUAUUAUUACUUUUAAUUUAGUUUGAGAAUUUUAAUUGGAUAUGGCAAUAAAAAUUAAUUAUAGUAUUGAAUAUAUCUUACGUAUUUUAUUUUUAUACAUCAAAAACUUUUUUUUUUUUAUAAGCAUAAUGUGAAUUAUAUUUCUUGUCAUUCUUAACAGUAACAUUAUUUUUUGCUAAUCAUAAUAUAUUAAUUAUUGGUAUGAACAGUAAAUAUAUGAGAAAACUAAUAUUUAAAAAAAAUAAGUAUGUUUUAAUUAAUUUGCUUAUACAUUCCCAAUCAAAUAUGUUAGAGUAUUAAUAUUAAAACUGUAAUAAAUAUAUUUUGUAACUAUAGAAAUUUAUUGUGUACAUUUAAAUUAAGUUAUUUAACUAAAUUAUUUUGGUGUAGUUAAAAUGCACAACAAUUUAAUGCUGGAUCAUCACACGUAGUAGUACCUAAUAGUUUUAUAAUUGUUUAAAAUUAAAAUUUUAAAAAUGACUGCGUUUCAAAACAAUGUUAACCAUACUUCGCUCAGUAUAGGUUUCCUUUAAAAAUAAUUUAGUGUUGCAUACUGAAUUAAAUUAUAUUACUCUGUAUAUUCUACUCUAUAAAUUGAAAAUUGUAAUAUUUCAAAAAUAUAUAUGUAUAGGGUAUCCCACAAAGAUAUAUCCAUAGUGAUAUUUUGGAAAAUAUUUAAUUGUAUUUUUUAUUUUUGGAAGUUCAGACUAUUUACUUUUUAUUAUUAAAAAAGAGAUGAUACUGGGGAUGGGAGCGACCAAUGUUGUAGGUGAGAAGUUAGGAAGGUAUGAUACACAAGGUUAUUUCAUUUAUAUCUAAGCAACGAUAAACCGUUGAUUGACAAAAGGCGAUUCACAGCGCAGUUCAGUAAUACAUAAUUUAAAGUGC